GUAUUGUUUGAGUAACGAUCCCAACAAGCCAUGUCACGUUCUCACAUUUCGAGAAAUAACAUUCAUGCUGGAUUGCGGUCUCUCUAUGCAGUCGCUUUUACAUUUCUUACCUUUAUCGUUUGUACCAUCGAAUCGAUUGCUCAAUUUGAGCAAUUUUAUGCCUCCUGAUGUUUCGGAUCCAGAUUUAGAAGGCGAAUUGAAAGAAACUGGAGAAAGAAUAUUUGUUGAUUCUCCUCCAGAGUUUUCUCCACCUCUAGACAAACUAAUUGAUUUUUCUCAAGUUGAUGUUAUAUUAAUUUCAAAUUACUUGUGCAUGAUGGCUCUGCCUUAUAUUACAGAAGGUACAGGAUUUCAAGGGAGAGUGUAUGCCACAGAACCUACUCUACACAUUGGCAGGCUUUUAUUAGAAGAAUUAGUAAUUUACAUUGAACAAUGCCCGAAGUCAUCUUUAGCAACUCAAUGGAAAAAUUUUGUCCAUAAAUGUCCUCUUCCUUUGAAAGAUGCAUUCAUGCCCAAAUCCUGGAAGCAAAUUUACAAUAUGAGCAGCGUGAAUGCCAGUUUAUUCAGAAUACAAAUGGUUGGAUAUAGUGAAAAAAUAGAUGUUUAUGGGGCACUACAAGUUAUCCCAGCAAGUUCGGGAUAUUGUUUAGGUUCAGCAAACUGGGUGAUUUCUUCAGAUCAUGAAAAAAUUGUUUAUUUGAGUGGCUCCAGUACUUUGACGACGCAUCCUAAACCUAUAGAUUAUACUAAUUUAAGAAAUGCUGACGUAUUUAUUAUGACUGAUUUAACUCAAACUCCCAUCAGCAAUCCAGAUUCUAUGUUGGGGAUGUUAUGUGCUGUAGUUGGCUUGACAUUAAGAGGAGGUGGAAACGUUUUGAUACCGUGCUAUCCAACAGGAGUAGUUUAUGAUUUAUUUGAAUGUUUAUCGGUGAAAAUGCAAGAAUUAGGAGUUUCCAAUUGUCCAAUGUUUUUUAUAUCCCCCGUGGCAGAUACUUCAUUGGCAUAUUCGAACAUUUUGGCUGAAUGGUUGAGCACAGCCAAACAAAAUAAAGUUUACGUACCAGACGAACCUUUUCCGCACGCUAUGUUAGUUAAGAAUUCUAAAAUGAAACAUUUUAAGCAUAUUUAUUCGGACGGUUUUAGCACAGAUUUUCAAGAGCCAUGUAUAGUAUUUUGUGGCCAUCCUAGUCUCAGAUUUGGAGAUGUGGUACAAUUUAUUGAGUUAUGGGGCAAUAAUCCAAAAAAUUGUAUAGUAUUUACAGAACCUGAUUAUGACUAUAUCGAAGCUCUUGCUCCUUAUCAGCCCUUGCAAAUGAAAAUAGCCCAUUGUGCAAUAGACACAUCUCUAAACUUUACUCAGGCCAACAAAUUAAUUAGGGACUUAAAACCAACUACACUGGUUGUACCAGAUUGUUACACUAAACCACCUGUAUCGGCUCCAAACUUAACGGAACUAGUUAUACAUAGUAGUCCAGAUAUUAAUUUAAUCCCAUAUAAAUGGGGCGAAGUGAUAAAUUUGCCAUUGAAACGCAAACAAGGCCAAGUGUUUAUAGAGAAAGAUGUUGCCCAAAAAAUUGCACCAGUCGAAGUUAAACCUGGAAUUAGUCUGUCCACUAUCACGGGAACAUUGAGUGUUAAGGAUAACAUGCAUAAAGUGCGCGAUAUCUCAUCAGAAGAACAAUUGCUGAACCAAAAUGUAAAGUACGAAUGGGGAUCGGUUAAUAUAAAUGAAUUUAAGAAUAAGUUGUUUCAAGAAGGCAUUAAAGAUGCUAAAGUGGAAUCUUUGGGAGGAAGUGUUGUUGUUAUUCAUUUGCAAGAUGAAGAUGCACUGAUUCAGCUAGAAGACAACAAUACUCAUGUCGUGUGUAACGGCGAUGAAGCUUUGAGGACUAAAUUAAGGAAUAUUGUAAUGCAAUGUUUAAAGACGUUUUAA